AUGCGAGUGAUGAAUACCAUCACCGAUAAACCUGCAUGGGACCGAAAAGUUUUUGACGAGCAGAUUGUUUCCAAAUGGCGCAAGGAAAUCUCUCAAAGCGGCCUGGAUAUGUCCCCAAACAUGAUGGAUUGGAUCAUAAAAGAAUUACAAUGGAAGUCGGGAAUAUACCAAGAGACAGGAAUAGUCCAAGUCUUCGAUAUCGGCGUGGUAAAAUCUGAUACUGCGAUUUCACAACAAGUCCAACAGGCUUUGAAGAGCGCAGUUCAUUCUCUGCAAGACAUUCCCAAAGAUAGCAAAGACUAUCACCCGGGCUCUGAUCAGAAAGUUGUUGACUUAGUGCAUCCUUCGUUAUUCCCCGUUGUAUAUGGUCGGACUCGUGUCCUACCCGACCGAGUUAUUGAUCUAGAUACCUGCCUGGAUAGCAUAGGCAAAGGCGAGGCCAUACCAGUUCCGUCGGAGGAAGAUUUAAAAAUAUCUCUGCCACGCGAAUAUUCCGGGAGCCCAGUUGCAUUAAGCCAGAGAUUCCAGUGGCUUCCUUGCGAUGUCGAGCUCACAGAGAAUAACGGUGCUCGGGUUCUAUCCUACAUCAACAAUCUCCAUCCUAUCACGCAUCGAAAGCUGUACCAAGUGAUUGAGGAAGUUAUUACGCAAACAAUUCCCCUCUGGAACAUGAGUCUGACAGCCAAUGACUACUACACGCAGAGAAUUGAGUUCACAGAAGUCGAGUACGACGGACCGUCUGAACCUCCAGCAAGGCAGUCAAAGGAGGGAGCAGAUGACGAGGAUGAGUUCAACGAUGAGUAUUGGCUUUGGAUGUCUGCCAGACCGAUCAAACAGCCUGAGCCAGGCGAGUUCAAUGAACGACAUAUGCUAAAGAACCGCGAUCCUAUCAAUCUGCAAGAGGACUUCAAGAACCGGAAACUUCAGGUGAUUGUGAAGCUAGCGAACAUCGAACUCACACCCGAUAAGCCCGAAUAUGAGGGUGGCACCUGGCAUGUAGAGGGUCAAUUGAACGAACGAAUCUGCGCAUCAGCAAUAUACUACUAUGAUAGCGCCAAUAUCACAGAAAGCACACUGGCCUUCCGUCACCGAGCUUUAGACGAUUUCAUCUCCCUCAAGUACGAGCAAGACCUCCACCAAUUCUUGCAGGUAAUCUAUGGGUUCUCACCCGAAGUCGACGGAAGGAAUACAUCCAACAUUACCCAACUCGAUGGAAGUGUGGUCUGCAAAGAAGGCCGGCUGAUCACAUUUCCGAAUAUUAUGCAACAUCGCGUCUCUCCAUUUUCCCUGGCUGAUCGGACGAAGCCGGGACACAGGAAGAUUCUUGCACUGUUUCUUGUGGAUCCCCAUCGGCGCGUUAUUUCGUCUGCGAAUGUACCCCCGCAAAGAGAAGAUUGGAGGGAGAAUAAAGCAUGUUUGGAGAUGAAGGGGUUUUCAAUGUCGAUGGUUGAGGCGAAGAAACACAGGCUUUUGCUUAUGGAGGAGCGAGGUCUUCGGAAAGAGGAAGAAAAUAGGAAUUUUGAGGAGGGGAGCUUUUGUCUCUGCGAACACUAA